AGUGUGAAAAUUUGUUGAUCUUGACCUCAGACUUACAAAGUGAUGCAUUCACUGCAGUUAUUUGAUUGGCUGUUUGCUGCGAGCUGGGAUCCGAGGUGGUCCUGGUCAACUGACUAUAACGUCAGUAACCUCCUUCACGACACAGAGAGCGGAGACGGGCCGGUCAUGGAAGGCAAGAAAAUGCGAGUCGUCCUGCUGAUCGCUGUCGUGUGCAGCUGCGCUGCGGGAGACGAGGAUUCCUUCAAUAACCGCCCGUGUCAGCCGAACAACGACCAAAACGCCUACAGCAAGUUCGAAGCCAAACACAUCCUUCCAAAAAAGUUCAAAACUAGCUCAACACCCGUGUGGGAGAAACACAUAAAAAGCUUGAAGCGCUGCAAAGUUGAAACUCAGACCUUCAUCGAGAGGUCAAAGGUCAAUCUUGUUAAGAAAAUCUGCAACGGCAACGGCUGGAACCGGCAGGGCAACUUGUGCACGAGCAACUCAAAACUGCCCGUGUACGUAGUGAAAGUGAACACAUCCAGCUGCACAGUUCUCAACACCCCGAGGAAAACGGAGGAACUGGUGACGGUGGCUUGCGACAAAGUUGGCAAUGAUUGCCUUCCUGUUCAUCUCCAGGCAAAACAACAAACUCAGAAGGGACGCAAAGUUACCUGCUCCCCUACUGCUGCUGAUGAUGAUGAUUAUUAUUGGUCUGAUGAGCAAUUUAACAUCUGAGAGAUUAUUAAAAAUGCUUCUACGCUGUUGUUAUUAGAAAAUUCAGAAACUUUAACCUGCUCCAGCGAUCCUCACAAGAAAUGAAUAUGUUCUGCACCAAAGGGUUUUAUUUGCAUCGUAUUGUUAAGAGCGGACGUUCUGUACAAUAAUCUUUUUACAUGCCAGUUUAACCUUUGUUGAUUUUGGAUACAGUGUGAAUACAAGCAUCUGUUCCUAAGAAUACAUCCUGAAUAUAAAGACACAUUCACAUUUUUUUCUCCCUGCCUCAAGCUACAUAAGACUAAAUGUCUCUUGUUUUAAGU